AUGCUCAACGAAGAGUUAUCCACUGACAUGGACCGGAUAACACAAUUGCAGGAUGCUAUCCUUGAUCUCUUAACGAUAACAUCAACAUCAAUAGAUUACAUUACCAAAAGAACAGAAUUCGAGCAAACAUCAACAGCUAUACCGACUACAUUACAAACUCCUCACGCAGCCAAUAGGGCAGAGUACAAAGCCGCAAUAGAAACUUUCGUCGCUGAUAUCAUAAGAAGAAGUAAAGACGUUAAGAAAUUGAUAGAGAAUAUACCUCAGAGAGAAGAUAGUUCAGCAAGAGCAAGGAGAUUGACGGAAUUACAAGAAGAAUUGAAAGUUGCCAAUGAGGAAUACAAAGUAGCUCUCGCGCAAGCAGAAGAAUUGCUUGCGGAACUUCAGUCAGCUCUGGACGAAGCAUUAGGAGAUCAUUCUCCAAGUUUACCAAUACCUACUAAACUUAUACCGACGGACGAAGAAGCGAACAUGGAAGAGAAUACAACGUAG